CUUGUCAUAGCCUCAGCAAAGCGAAGCAAAUCAAAUUCUCUCUUCUCCAUUCAAUUCGGAUUUUCAAUCAAUUUACACCCACCAAUCUCUCUCUCUCUCUCUCCACACGGACUCACAUUAAGGGAUCUGUAUCACAUUGGUUGCAAGAAAUCCCCUUUGGAGUUGCAUGGGAAUUUUUCUUUCUUUUCCAUUUUCGGGUUACAAUGAUUUAGAGAACGGCUUUGAAUCUAUUGUUUUAAAAUUCUUUAGUUUCGGGGACAAUGGAGUGAAAAAUCCAGUGCAAUCCAGCAGCUUCCAUGGCCAUGAUUCAAAACCCACCAUAUUGCAAUUAUUGGUUACUGGAAAGAUGACGAUAGAAGGUCUUGUUAGCUAUAAAACAAGACAAUCUGAAACACCUUUCUUAAAAGAAACUCCUUUACUGGAAGAAAAGAAGAGCAAAGUGCUCGUAAAUCAAUCACCAAAAUCAGAUAACUUGACAGAGAAAAUCACACAAUUGCCUCAUUGGGAUGCUUACAACCCCAAACAUGAGGCCGCAAUUAAGUUGCAGAAAGUAUACAAAAGCUUUCGAACAAGAAGAAAGCUAGCUGAUUGUGCUGUUCUAGUCGAGCAGAGCUGGUGGAAGCUGUUAGAUUUUGCAGAACUCAAACACAGUUCUAUAUCAUUCUUUGAUGUUGAGAAGCAUGAGACUGCCAUUUCACGUUGGUCAAGAGCAAGGACCCGAGCUGCCAAGGUUGGAAAAGGCUUGUCGAAGAAUGGUAAAGCCCAAAAACUUGCUUUGCAACACUGGCUUGAAGCAAUUGAUCCAAGGCAUCGUUAUGGGCACAAUCUCCACCUCUAUUAUGAUAAGUGGCUUCACAGUCAAAGCAAAGAGCCCUUCUUCUACUGGCUAGAUAUAGGCGAAGGAAAGGAGGUGAAUCUCGUUGAAAAAUGUCCUCGGUCAAAACUUCAUCAGCAGUGCAUCAAGUAUCUUGGUCCGAUGGAAAGGAAAGCGUAUGAAGUCGUACUGGAAAAUGGGAUGCUCUUCUACCAGCAAACAGGGGAGCUCAUUGACACCACUGAACCCAAGGGUGCUAAGUGGAUUUUUGUCCUCAGCACAUCUUUUAUCUUAUAUGUCGGCAAGAAGAAGAAAGGUUCUUUUCAGCAUUCUAGCUUCUUGGCUGGAGGAGCCACAUCCGCUGCUGGGAGAUUAGUAGUUGAAAAGGGCAUCCUAAAGGCAGUUUGGCCUCACAGUGGCCAUUAUCGACCUACACCGGAAAAUUUUCAGGUGUUACUUUCAUUCCUCAGGAGGAACAAUAUAGAUCUCACAAAUGUGAAGAUGGAUCCAGUGGUUGAAGAAGAAGAAGAAGGAUCACUUAGAAAACAACGCAAUGUUUUCCUUCGACGCAAUUCAUCUGAAGAAGACUUGACUGAAAAGGAUGACUUGGAGAAAACCAAUUUAAUAGAAGGGGAGACUCUUGCUGCAAUGGUACAACCUAACUCAAGGCCACCUAGGAGCCUUACUGGAAAAUUGACUGAUCUUACAAUACCAAACAAGGUUGAUUUGUUUCAGAGAUUCGAGGAUGAGAAUCAAGCUGUAGAUUCAAGUAUCAACAGAUUUGAAGCAGAAUCCUCAUUGGAUGGUUAUGAUACAUCCGAAGAAUCAGUUGCUUGUGAUCAAGAUCAUAUGCUUCUAAAGCAGAACUUGUCUGAUGAAGAAGAUAAAGAAGCCAUAGAAGAGACUAUUCCAGAAGAAGUUAUUCUUCAAAGGAUUAAUUCACACAAAGGAAUGAAAUCAUUUCAAUUGGGGAAGCAGCUGUCUUGCAAUUGGACCACCGGAGCCGGACCAAGGAUAGGCUGUUUGAGGGACUACCCCUACGAGCUCCAAUCCCGUGCUUUGGAGAAACUGAACUUGUCUCCAAGAAGUGCUAGCUUUCUCAGAUCAGUAUCUACACCGGCCAGUUACAGCGGAGAAACGCUGGCGGCCAUCGUCUCACCUGUUCCCGAGAAGACGCAACAUUUGCUUCGAAGAAACACUAGGCAUUCCAUAGCACCGUUAUCCCCAUUGUGUAAAGGAACCUCAGUAAAUGCUACUCCCAAGUCAUGAGGACUGGGUGAGAGCAAAUUCUCUUUGAUUAAUUCAUUCUUUUUGAUUAAUCCAUUCAUUUUUGGGAAUUCAUGAGGUGAUAGGAAUUCUUGUUGACAUUCUUUUUUUUUCAACGUCAAUCAUGUACACAUUAUUUAACAUGUAGAAUAUGAAAUCUGUAAAAUUUUGCAGUGUCUA